AUGGACACUACGAAGAAAAAAGAGAAGAAGAAGGAGGUAAUACGAUUAGAACGCGAAUCGGUUAUUCCCGUACUCAAAUCAAGAUUGAUCAUGACACUAGCUAAUUUAAUUGAGAAUGAUUCUGAUCGCGAUGAAUUUCUCAAGCUAUGCAAGAGAGUUCAAUACACUAUUCGUGCAUGGUACAACAUUCAAUUCGAAGACCUAAUGGGCUUAUACGCCUUAUUUGACCCCGUUCACGGGGCCCAAAGUCUAGAGCAACAAAAAUUAAACGAUGAUGACAUAGAUGAGCUAGAACAAAAUUUCUUAACAUACUUAUUCCAAGUCAUGGACAAGAGUAAUUUCAAAAUUGCUAGUGAUGAAGAAUUAGAGAUUGCGAAUUCAGGUCAGUACUUAUUGAACCUUCCAAUAACGGUUGAUGAAUCAAAACUUGACACUAAACUUUUGUCGAAAUACUUUGCUUGCCACCCACGUGAUGAAAAACUCCCUGAGUUCGCUGACAAGUAUGUGAUUUUUCGUCGUGGGAUAGGCAUAGAUAGAACAACGGAUUGGUUCAUCAUGGAAAAAAUUGAUAUGAUCAUUGCACGUACUUGGAAAUGGUUGAUGAAAAAGACGGGAGGGGAUAAAUUUUUUGGUAAAAAGAUAUAUAAACGUAAUAAAAAACCACGAAAGAAACGAAUACCAUCCGAGGAGGAACAAGAUUUUUACGUGGAAAGAAUUCGAAUACAAAACAUGGAGCUAACAUUGCCUAAUGUACUUAGCAAGAUCACGAUUCAAGAGCCAACGUUCGAGAGGAUCAUCGUCAUCUAUAGACGUGCUAGUGAGGAGGACGAAAAACCCGAUAGGGGUAUUUAUGUCAAACAUUUGAAAAAUAUACCGAUGGCUGAUUUAGAAAUUGUGUUGCCUGAGAAAAAAAACCCUAGUUUAACACCAAUGGAUUGGGUACAAUUUAUUGCAUCCGCGGUAGUAGGUCUAUUCGCUGUUGUAACAUCUCUUGACAUGCCUCAAGCUGACGCGUGGGUCCUCUUUGCUAUUCUAUCGACAGUAAUAGGUUAUUGUGCCAAGAUAUACUUCACAUUUCAACAAAAUAUGGCACAAUAUCAAAAUUUGAUUACUCAAUCGAUGUACGAUAAACAACUAGAUAGUGGAAGGGGAACGUUACUUCAUUUAUGUGACGAUGUGAUACAACAAGAAGUUAAAGAAGUUAUAAUUUCGUAUUUUAUACUAAUGGAACAAGGAAAAGCAACGUUGUUAGAUCUCGAUACGCGAUGUGAGGAGUUGAUCAAGGAGAGAUUUGCUAUAAGUUGUAAUUUUGAUGUAGAUGAUGCAGUGCAAAAGCUAGAGAAACUAGGGAUUGUGUCUAAGGAUGAAAUUGGAAGGUAUUUUUGUAUUGGACUUAAGAGGGCUAAUGAAAUUAUUGGAUCAACUACAGAGGAGCUUGUACUUAAAGCAAGACAGGGUCAGGCUGCCGUUACUACUUCCUGA